GCCGGUCAGUUAUUAUUCAGACGCCGAACACAGUACACAAUAUGGUGAAGCCUAUUCUCUAUGGUAUCGAUGCCAGCCCGCCUGUGCGUGCCGUUAAACUGACGCUGGCUGCGCUGCAAUUACCCUAUGACUACAAAAUUGUUAAUGUGCUGAAUAAGGAGCAGCAUUCCGAGGAAUAUCUGAAGAAGAAUCCUCAGCAUACGGUACCAUUGCUGGAAGAUGCAGGUGCAAACAUUGCCGACUCUCAUGCCAUAAUGGCGUAUCUGGUGAGCAAAUACGGCAAGGAUGACUCACUGUAUCCCAAGGAUCUAGUAAAGCGUGCUCUGGUCGAUCAGCGCAUGUACUUCGAGUCGGGCGUUGUGUUUGCCAAUGCCCUGCGCAGCCUUACCAAACUGGUUCUCUUCCUCGGCAAGACGGAGGUGCCGCAAGAGCGCAUUGAUGCGAUUACUGAGGUUUACGAUUUUGUUGAGGCUUUCCUUAAGGAUCAGACCUACAUAGCCGGCAACCAGCUGACGAUUGCCGACUUCAGUCUCAUCUCUUCCAUUAGCUCUCUGGUGGCCUACGUGCCUGUUGAAGCCACUAAAUAUCCCAAGUUGAGUGCUUGGAUCAAGCGAUUGGAGCAGUUGCCCUAUUAUGCGGAAAAUAGCACAGGUGCACAACAAUUUGGAGCUGCUAUUAAAAGUAAGCCUUUCAAAGUAGUUGCCUAAGUGAUAUAGUGUUAU